AUGGCGAAUCCAUAUCGCUUUACAGGGAGUCAACCACCUUUAGCUGCAUCAACUCAACAAGCAGACUUCAAUACUAAUUACAACAGUAUUAAUAAUCACAAUAGAAAUAUUAAUAAUAGUAAUAAUAAUAAUAAUAGUAAUCGUUUUAACAGCAUAUUUGCAACACUUAAAACAAAUAAACGUCAGUUGGGUAAUUUUUAUGAAUCACAAGAAUGGCAGCUAAAGUCACUUAGUCGUCAUUGUGAAAAAUGUGAACAGAAUGAUUCGAAACAAAAAAAGAAUCCUACAGGUGAAAUGCAGAAAUUGACAUCAAGUUGUUCACAGGAUGUUGUGAUGGCGGAACAAAAGUCUCAGUCGCAACAACAACAACAGCCGGAACAACAGCAACAACAACAGCAAUCACAGAAUGAAUGGGAGACAUGGACAGAUCAACAUGAAAUAAAGUUGACAAUACGUUUAGCUGGUUUUGGACAUAUGUGUAUUCUACGUGGUAGAAUGAUACUUGAAUCUUACUUUUUAAUUUUAUCGAAAAAAUGGAUGAAGGCAGUUAUUGUUGGUGGAGAUGAAGUGAUGAUAUUGCUGAAACAACCAAGUCAAAUCAAACGUUUCCGUUUAACAUUUUUCAAUGAAACUGAUGCUAAUAACUUCUUUGUCAGUUUAUCAAAAUUUGCUGCUACCAAUAUAUCUAAUGAAGUGAAUGAAGCUCAGAAUGCAGAAUCAAUAAAUAAUAAUAAUAACACUGAUAAGGAGAUGAAGACGAUGACAAUGAUGGCGACGACAAAGAACGCCACAACUGCUACUACUGCUACUCCUACUGCUAUUUCUGCCGAUCCUGUCACAAUAGAGGCUAUCCUGAACUCAAUGUUAACUAAUCAAGCACAACUGCCUGAAAGUUGGUCAACUGAAUGGCCAACACAAAGUUUAGACGGUCUGAUACGUUUGUGUUUAAUUGAUCCUAACUUCCCAGGAUUUGUUAGUCAAAUUGACUGUGUAAUGAAAAAGUUUACAACUACGAUAGAUGAUAUAUCGAAUCGUGAUAAAGAAAUACCGAAAUGGAUGAGAAAAUAAACCAUUAUUGAGAAAAGAG